AUGGCAACCAUUGCUGAAGCUUUAUCCUGUUUGACUCUUUCUCCAUCAAACACUCAAAAUACCCAUCAAGCUUCUACCUCUAGCGGUCUACCUUCUCAACCCCAACCAAACCCAAAGGGAAGCAUUAAUGCUAUCACCCUUAGGAGUGGUACCAAGUUAGAUGAAGUUGGUCUUGAGCCUAAAAGUUUGAGGAAAGAACCCCUCAAUGAAGAAAUAGAAGAAGAAGUGCAGGUGGCUAGAGAUGAGAAGGAAAAUGUUGCAAGAGGCGUGGAGGAACUAUCAAAGGUCAAGGAGCCCAAAAAGAAGAACCCUCUUGAAGAGCCUACACCAAUUCCUUUCCCAACGUUGGCUAAAAAGGCUAAGAAUCAUGAAGACCUCGACUUCAAUAUAGUGGAGAUUUUCAAGAAUAUGGAAGUUACCAUUCCUCUAUUUCAAGCUAUCCAACAAGUGUCAAAGUAUGCCAAAUUUCUGAAGGAUGUUUGCACACAUAAGGAUAAGAUUGCUGACCUAAACAAAAGUCCGUUGAACUUGUCACCGUUGAAGAGGUCCGGAGCAAGAUUUGUGUUGGCGAACAAAAGUAUUUUGUCGGUUAUAGGAAUUUUGGAGAAUGUAUUGGUCAAUAUCCAAGGGUUGCUAUUUCCAGUAGAUUUUCAUAUUUUGGAAACCCCUCCAAUUGAUUCGGACAAGCCAUCCUCUAUUCUCCUUGGGAAACCAUUUUUGAAGAUGUCUCGAUUCAAGUUGCAUGCAUUUUCGGGAGCUUACUCAUUUGAGGCCGAUGGAAAAAUAGUGAAGUUCACUUUGGAUGGAUCCAAGAAGCCCACUCUUGAAGUCUACUCUAUCUUUGGUUGUGACCUAAUUGAAGAUCAAGUGGUUGAGCCCAGUAAGGAGCGUGAAAAAGGAAAUGCUGUCAAGGAGUCUAAAUCAUUGGACCACACACAACCCAAGCAUGCCAAGGAGUUGGAAAUCUUCCACCUUGGGGAAGUUCCAAAGGAUGAUCAUUGA